AUGUCCGACACUCCCCGCGACGUCGGUCGCACCGACUCCCGGGACUCUCACGAUUCGAGUCCCCCGAACGGCCCGGAGAAGAAGAAGAGCCGCCGCCCAGCAAAUACCGCGUUCCGUCAGCAGCGACUAAAGGCAUGGCAACCAAUCCUGACACCGAAAACGGUUUUGCCGCUCUUCUUUGUGAUUGGCAUCAUUUUUGCCCCCAUCGGCGGCCUACUUCUUUACGCCAACUCUACAGUCCAAGAGAUUAAAAUCGACUACACAAAGUGCAUUGCCGAUGCCAAAGACUCGUUCGGAGAUAUGCCUCCCAACACCAUCGAAAUGGCCUUCAAGAAUGGCAGUCUCAACGAUGUACAGCCCCAGUGGAAGAAGGAAACCGGCGUCAACAUCACCCUGCCCACGGGCGCCUCGGUCAGCACCGACAUUUGCACACUGCGCUUCAGCAUUCCCGACGACAUGAAGCCGCCCGUGCUCUUCUACUACCACCUCACCAACUUUUACCAGAACCAUCGUCGCUACGUCGACUCGUUCGACGCCGACCAGCUCAACGGUGCGGCGCCUGACGCCAGCGGGCUUGGCUCGUCCAAGUGCACCCCUCUCAAGACUCGCGACAACAAGCCCAUCUUCCCCUGCGGCCUGAUUGCCAACUCCAUGUUCAAUGACACCUAUACCAGCCCGAAACUCAUGAACCCGCCCGGCUCCAACUCCCCGCGCGACUACGCUAUGAACAACAGCACCAACAUUGCCUGGGCCAGCGACAAGGACCUCUACGCCAAAUCAGGGUAUAACUAUAGUGACGCAGUGCCCCCGCCUAACUGGCACGAUCGCUAUCCCAACGGCUACACUGCUGAUAGCCCCCCUCCGGAUCUCAAGAACUGGGAGGCUUUCCAGGUCUGGAUGCGUACCGCGGCCUUGCCCGACUUCAGCAAGCUGUACCAGCGCAAUGACGACGACACCAUGGAGAAGGGAACAUAUGAAAUUGCUAUUCACGAUUACUUCAAGGUGACCGAGUUUGGCGGCACCAAGUCCGUUCUCAUAACCACCCGCAGCGUCAUGGGCGGCCGCAACUCCUUCCUCGGAAUCGCCUACAUCGUCGUCGGUGGCGUCUGCAUCAUCCUCGGCGCCGUCUUCACCGCCACGCACCUGAUCAAGCCCAGAAAACUCGGCGACCAUACGUAUCUCUCGUGGAACAACGCCCCGACCGCCAAGUCGACUGGUGGUCCCGCCACCGCAGUGGCCUCUGGUCGCGACGUGCGUCAUGGCGAGGCUUAG